AUGUAUCUCACUCUCGCAGAAGUGGUGGCCUCAGAUGCCGAUUGCUUAAUUCGGAACUGCGACUUCCCUGCAAUGCAAGACAAUCCCAUUCGUCUUACAAUGUUUCCGCUCUCUUCUCCGGAGACACAGGAGGAAGAAAUUCGUUGGAUGACAAAUGGCUUAAGACUGGCUCUGGAGAAAGACAAAUCUCAUUACCGCAAAGCUUGCGCUGAUGAUAGGAGCCCUGUGGGUUUUGCGGGCUGGUCACUCCUAAAUAGCAGCCUCACAAUCGUUGCUGUGAAUCCAGCGUAUCAGCGUCAAGGUGUUGGCACUAUGCUCCUCAAAUGGGCAUGUGAUGAAGCUGAUAGAAAUGGGAGAGAUGGUUUUUUGCUAGCUUCAACCGCAGGGGUUAGGUUGUAUGAAAAAUUUGGCUUCGAGAAGGUAGGAGAGGUUAGGACAGCGAAAGGACCACUUCACUCAAUGUUCAGAAAGGCACAAAACUAG